AUGACAAGCGAGGUGAUAGAAGAUGAGAAACAAUUCUACUCAAAGGCCAAGACAUACUGGAAGGAAGUCCCACCCACAGUGGACGGCAUGCUCGGGGGGUACGGCCACAUCUCCAGCAUCGACAUCAACAGCUCCCGGAAGUUCCUGCAGAGGUUUUUGAGGGAAGGUCCAAACAAGACAGGGACUUCCUAUGCCCUGGACUGUGGAGCUGGCAUUGGAAGGAUCACCAAGCGGCUGCUCUUGCCAUUGUUCAAAGUGGUGGACAUGGUUGAUGUGACGGAGGACUUCCUGGCUAAAGCUAAGACCUACCUGGGUGAAGAAGGCAAGAGAGUGAGGAAUUACUUCUGUUGUGGUCUCCAGGACUUCAGCCCAGAGCCUAAUGCCUAUGAUGUUAUCUGGAUCCAGUGGGUGAUAGGCCACCUGACCGAUCAGCACCUGGCUGAGUUCCUGCGGCGCUGCAAGCGAGGUCUGCGUCCCAAUGGCAUCAUUGUCAUCAAAGACAACAUGGCCCAGGAGGGUGUGAUCCUGGAUGACGUGGACAGCAGCGUGUGCCGGGACCUGGAGGUGGUCCGUAGGAUUAUCCGCAGUGCAGGCCUCAACCUCCUGGCUGAGGAGAGACAGGAGGGCCUCCCUGAUGAGAUUUACCACGUCUAUAGCUUUGCCCUCAGAUGA